CGCUUUUUAAAGGGAAAUAACUCUUCCACUUUAUGGUACUUCCGGAAAGUAAACAAGCAGAACGCAAACAAUGUUUGGGAAGAAGAAACAGGCUCCUCAGACUCAAUCGAGGAAGGGGACAGCGCUAAUGAAUCAAAUGGGGUUUGGUGGUAUGGAGGAUGACACAAUGCAUGGAGGAAUGGAUGAUGAUGAUGAUGACUUGGAGGCGGAGCUGGCAGCUCUGACUGGUGGUGAGGUAAAGAAACCAGCAGCCAAGAGGAAAGCUCCACUGGACAUGUCCGUGAUUAACAAAAUGGCUGCUGAGAGUAUGAGAGACAUUGGCAGUGAUGAAGAGCUGUCUGACACUGAGGACCCAGACUUGCUGGUGAGUUAG